UGAAGCUGUGCGACUCAUUAUAAGAGAUCACUCCAUCAAUUUUGCCACUCCGAAAAAUACAGAGAACCUCAACCACCGGUGUCGGCGGUGAUACCACAUUUGCCGGUUGAGGAAGCUAAGUUUGUGGGCGGAGUGUCGGUUGACUUAGUUCAAAUCUCGAACUUGGGUCUUGAAAUCUUCUUGCAAAGAUGUCUGCCAAGCAGAACGGCACCAUCGCUGCAAACGGUACUACCCCGACGGCGGCGAGGGCCGCUGCCCCACUCAAACAAACACCCCGUCCUUACGUCCCCCAGAGGAUUCACGACGUCCGACAUAACCGGCGGCGGUGCAGCUGCCGCAGGUGUUUCUGCUAUGGCUGCUUCUGGGCAGUCCUCAUCAUCUGCGUCCUCCUACUCCUAGUUGCCAUCGCCGGAGCCGCGUUCUACGUCCUCUUCCGUCCGCAGCGCCCGGAGUUCUCCGUCUCCUCCCUCAAGAUCUCGCAAUUCAACCUGACUACCGCCUCCGACGACACGACGCGCCUCACCGCCAAGCUGAACCUCACAAUCUCCGCCCGAAAUCCCAACAAGAAAAUGGUCUACAGCUACGACCGGAUCUCCCUGAGGGCGAUCGCGAGCGGGAUCGCCAUCGGGAACGGGUCGUUCCCGGGAUUCACCAGCAACCCGAGUAACAUCAGCGUGAUCCACUCGACGCUGUCGUCGAUGUCGCAGGCGGUGCUGGAUUCAGAGUCAGUGUCGGAAUUGAAGUCAGAUCUGAAGAAGAAGAAGGGGGGAAUGGCGAUCAAGAUCUUGAUGGACACGAUGGUGGUGGUGAAGCAGGACAAACUGAAGAGCAGGAGAGUGGGGAUCAGGGUGACAUGCGAAGGAAUCCGCAGCCAAACCCCCAAAGGCGGCGGGAAGAAGAAGACUCCGGCCGUCGCUACAACCUCUGAUGCCAGCUGUAAGGUUGAUCUCAGAAUCAAGAUCUGGAAAUGGACUUUCUAAUUUUAGAAUUUUUUUCUCAAUUUGCUUUUUUAUUUUUUAUUUUGGAAAAAAAUCAAAAAAAAUUGCCUUUUUUAUUUACUCCGUAAUUAAUUAAUUACAUACGCUUUUUUCUUUCUUUCUUUCGGAAAUUGGCUGGAGAAGAGAACCGGAUUUAGAAAUCUGGGGGCUGGGAGUUUUUACUUUUUUUUUUGUUAUCAACAAUGUGUGGUACAACUCAUUUUUCCUCCCGUUGGGGAAAUUACUUUCAAAUACGCGGCAUGUAAUUUUAUCAUCAUUAAUUAAUUGAUUAAUAGAUUAGAUUGCAUUCUGAAGAUUUAAUUGAGUGAUGUUCACGCGGUUA